CUUGGAUUCUCACCGGGUUGAAUUGGGGUUUCUUGUCGCUGCUCGGCUCAGUUACCCACUCUCUGGCCGCCCGUCUCCUUCUUCCCCCAUUGAUUGUCGGCCUGCCUUUCCUCUUCGUCGUCCUCCACCACCAUUCUCCCCCCCCUGACAAUUUCCCGUCCAGCAAACUUUCGGCGUCACUCUUCCAUUCCAGCAACUCCAACCUCCGAUCUUCCUACCCCAAGAAAAUCACCCAGGCACCGGCCCAAUAAGCAAACAUCAGUCCAUGUCGCAGACGAUAACGGCAUAGACUCCAUCACUUGCGUGCUUAUCGACACCAUCCUUGUUCCCUUUAUCCCUCCCUCCCCCCACUCCCGUCUCCCAGCCGCAUUCAGAUCCUCAUGGCCUCAGCCGGGGGCUUGACUCGCCGAAGAGGUGGCGGUCGAGUCGCUGGCGCCGAAGACAACGACGACAGCAGAGUCUCUUCGCCCGUGUCGAGAAAUGGUUCGUCGUUGGAUAACCGCAUCCCCGAGACCUCGUUCACCAGCUCCGAAAACGGUCACAAAAUCGCCUUCGACCCCAGGGACAUCAGUGAGACGGAGGAACGCAGCAAGCAGCCCAAGUUGACGCUGAUGGAAGAGGUGCUUCUGCUGGGGCUGAAGGAUAAGCAGGGUUAUCUGUCUUUCUGGAACGAAAACAUCUCAUACGCCCUCCGAGGAUGCAUCGUGAUCGAGUUAGCGCUCCGUGGUCGGAUCAGCAUGCAGAAGGACUCCUCUCGGCGACGUUUCCCUCUGGCCGAUCGGGUGAUUGAGGUGGUCGACGAUACGCUAACUGGGGAGGUCUUGCUGGACGAGGCGCUGAAGAUAAUGAAGUCAAGUGAGAAGAUGAGCGUGAACUCCUGGAUAGAUUUGUUGAGCGGUGAAACUUGGAAUUUGAUGAAGAUUGGCUACCAACUCAAGCAAGUGCGCGAACGCCUCGCCAAAGGCUUGGUAGAUAAGGGUAUCCUCCGCACCGAAAAGCGGAACUUCCUUCUCUUCGACAUGGCUACGCAUCCCGUCGCGGAUGGAGGCGCCAAGGAUGAUCUCCACCGCCGCGUCCGCAACGUCUGCAGCAGUCGUACAGUGAUCCUCCCGGCAAAUGCAUGGCUCCCUGAAGAUGUCGAGUUCCGUUACCUACGAACCAUCACCAUGGUAUGCGCGGCCUAUGCGGCCAACGUGCUGGAGAACGCUCUUGUCACAAUGAGUCACGAGGCCCGGGAAAGGGCAUUUGCGCAGGUGGAUGAGUUGCUUGCUGAAUACUCUCAGUGGCCAUUUGCCCGGAGACCAGGAGGCUCGCAGGCCAUUGGAGCCAACCUGGCACAGGCGAUCAAUGACGAGGUGAACAAAUCUAAGGACCGAGAGCUUCAGAUGGAGAUUGUGGCAGCAUGUUUGAGCGUUUUCACUAGACUCGACUCCCUACUGUAAGGGUAUCAUCAUUCUUCGUCUUCUGCUAUAGUCCCCAACCUAGUUUGUCCUUUUAUUUUCCCAUUAUUUCCCCCUUAUGCUAUUGGUUUCUGAAUCAACAAAACAACUACCCCGGGGGAGCUCUACUUGGCUUCCUCUUGAAGUAGUCACCGGUAUACCGGUUGGAACUGGCAGAGUGGCGUUUAUAUGAAAUUCGUCUUGCAUUGUUUUGCACGGGAUGUUCGAUUCGAUCUCCAUUGAUCUGUGUUUUCAUUGUCUGCUUUGCUUUCCACAUCUUUCUUCUCUGUCUAUUGACUCGCCCGUUCCCUCCCUCUUCUCUAUAAGGGGGCAAAGCGCGGCCAUGCCAUAUGUAUUACUCAAAACACACCCCCCCAACUCCCACAGGUACUGUACGCAUCCCCUCUUGGAAGUUUAAACCCGUUCAGAUGCAUGCAGCCAGGACAGACAACCAACACCAGGGCGCCAUCCAGAACAUUGAACCCGGUAUGCCACGACAAGGACGCAACUGGUUUGUGGCCUUGUCGUCAGACAGCCAAAAAUUUUCGAAAAGAUAAAAAAAAAAAAAGAAAUAAAGAGAGAAUGAGAACGAGUGC